UGAAUAUAUAAUAAGUCAGUUCAGUAUGCAGACAGACCAUUAAACAAUCAUGACUGGUAUUAACGUAAAAGCUUGGAUAAAUGAGAUCAGCGCGGACGGUGUGACGUUACAACAGUCACAGAAUGCCUAUAUAAAAUGGGCGGACAAAUAUGAUGAGGAUCUUGAAAACCACGCAUUCACCGGACCCAAAAAGGUUGCACAAAUAGUGCGGGACAAACUUUCCAAUCAACGACCCGAAAAUGUUCGAAUACUCGAUGUCGCCGCAGGAACUGGGCUUGUCGCUAAAGAGCUAAGAGAGUUUGGUUUCCGGCAUAUUGACGCCCUGGAACCAUCAGAAGCUAUGCUGAAAGAGGCCAAGAAAGCUCAUCUCUAUGAGAAUUACUUUAUAGAAUACAUCUCGCAAUCUCAAACCACAAUAUCUGAAAAUUCAUACGACGUUGUCACCGGAAGUGGACUCUACGCAAACGAGGCUCACGUGCCAUGUGAAGCGCUCUAUGAGAUGAUUCGACUUGUAAAACCAGGUGGCCUUAUUGUUCUUUGCGGUCGAAAUCAUCUUUUGAAUGACAGUGAAACUUACAAGCGUCUGGAACCAUUGAUGAACAAACUAGAAUCGGACCAGAAGUGGAAAAAAGUGUCACGUGAAAUCUGGCCUGGAUAUUUGAAAGGAAUAGACGGUGUAGCAUGGUGCUACCAAGUACUUUAAAACAAUAUUCAGUUAUAUUUUUGUGUGUGUAUGUCUGUUUUCAUCAAAAUGUAAUAUCAUUAAAAUAUAGAUUAUGUUA